AUGAGUGAUCUAGCUGGCUUUGAACCGCCAAGAAUCGAUUGGACACCCGGACCAGAUCUGCCACAACGGCUCAAGCGAUUUCGGCAGAAGUGUGAAUUACUGUUUGAUGGUCCUUUGAAAGAUCGAACUGUUAAGCAGAAAUGUCGAUAUGUUCUCCUAUGGGUAGGAGAUUAUGCUCUUGAUCUCUAUAAUACAUGGAAUUUGAGUGAAGCCGAUCAAGACAAAUUAGACGAGUAUUGGAAAAGAUUUGAACAUCACGUAAAACCUCAGUCCAACCAUCUUCUCAACCGUUUCUAUCUCAGAAACUUGAAGCAGAAUAGCCGACCGCUCGACGAGUUUUUAACGUAAGCAAACCUCCUUAUUCAGAACAGUGGUUAUCUGGAUGAAAUACAUGACGAAUUGACGCGAGAUGCUUUGGUAUUUGGAGUUGAUUCAGAUACAGUCCGUAAGAAAUGUAUUGCUGAAGGGAAUGAACUAACUCUUAUGAAAGCAAGAGAAAUCGCCCGCACCAAGGAAGCUACCAGACAACAGCUAAAGGUGAUGACCAGAGAUGUUUCAAACCCUACACAGGUAGACUCAUUGCAGAAAAACAGGAGAGGAAACAUGAAUCGAGGUAAGACCAAACCAUUGUAUGAUAGACAAAAGGGGCAAAAGGGAUAUAGAAUGAAAUGGGAUAAGCCAGUAUGCACUAGAUGUGGGAAUACAGCACACAAUAAAGAUCAGAAAUGUCCUGCUAUUAAGACACAAUGUUUUGGAUGGAAGAAAACUGGUCAUUACCAAAAUAUGUGUUUCAAGGCAAUCAAAACAAACUGUAACUCACUUGAGCGUGAUGAUAGCAAUUCAAAUGAACCAGAUAUUGAUGAAAAAAUAUUUCUUGGUACUUUACUAGCAGAACAGUGUCCGAACAUUGGUGCUAAUCCAAACCAAAUUAAUAGCCUUAGUACAGAGCAGAGAGAGAACGUACUGAUUGAAACCCGUCUGACUGCAGAGACUUACCACAAGUAUACCAUCCCAGUAGUAUGUAAAAUUGACACUGGUGCAGAACUGAAUGUUCUAUCUAAACAUGACUAUGAAACAAUUGUUCCCAAUCCCAAACGAAGGCGGCUUGAGCCACCUAAUAUAAAAAUCACCGCUUAUGGAGGUCAUGAGAUUAGGAACAUUGGCACCUGUCAGUUAUAUAUACAUCAUAUGGAUGAAGUUAAACCAAUAGUAUUUAAUGUUACGGAUGUCGAAGGAUCUGCCAUACUAGGUUGUCAAACAUCGCGUGACCUGAGAUUGGUACAGUUUCCUUGUAAAAUAAUGCAUGUGCACGCGAGCACACCAACUCUAUCGAAUUCACAAAAUGUUGUUAAGAGGGCUACGCCUCUUAAUAAAGAGACUCUGUUGAAAGAGUACCCGGAUAGAUUCGAGGGACUAGGUACACUCAAGGAUAUGAAGCCAUACCAUAUCACUUUACAACCAGAUGCAGAACCAGUUAUCCACCCACCGCGACAAGUUCCAGUGCACCUUAGAAACCACUUCAAGCAGGAAAUUGACAAUAUGUUAAAACUUGGUGUUAUAACACCAGUUGAGAAACCGACAGAUUGGGUUAAUAGUGUUGUGCUGAGCGAGACAACCAACAGCAAAGGAGAGAUAGUAAAGGUAAGACUUUGCCUGGAUCCCCGUGACUUGAAUAAGUGGGUUAAAAGAGAGCACUAUCGCACGAGGACAAUUGAUGAGUUGGUCACUGAGCUAAAAGAUGCUAAAUUCUUCACUGUAGUGGAUGCAAGGAAGGGGUACUGGCACGUACCUCUGGAUACAGAAAGCUCGUACCUCACAACCUUCAGCACUCCUUUUGGCCGUUACCGUUUCAACCGAUUACCCUUUGGUCUUGUUGUUUCUCAAGAUAUAUUCCAGAAGCAGCUGGACACAGCAUUUGAAGGCCUCGAUGGCAUCACUGGUAUAGCAGACGACACGUUUGUAUAUGGAUCUUCAGAGGAAGAGCACGACGCAAACCUAGUCAAGCUUAUGGAAAGAGCACAAGUAAAGGGUGUGGUGUUUAAUAGGGAGAAGUUGCAGUUCAAAUGUGAGGAAGUGAGUUUCUUUGGACACUCUUGAACACCACAAGGUAUGAAGCCUGAUAAUAAGAAAGUAUCAGCAAUUCUUGGUAUGAAGCCGCCGGAAGAUGCAAAAAGUCUACAGAGCUUUCUCGGUUUAGUAAGCUAUCUAACAAGGUACUCCGGAAGUCUGGCUACCCUGUCAUCUCCACUUCGCGAUCUAUUCAAGAAAGAUGUUGCGUAUUGUUGGGGGGCAGAGUAUACCCGCGCAUUUGAUGAAGUGAAGAAGGAAGUAUCUUCGCUGGGCGUACUCCGAUAUUUCGACCCUGAUGCAGAAUCUCUCAAAGGCUUAGGCGCAGUGCUUCUACAAGGAGGUCAACCCGUGUGUUAUGCGUCUAAGGCUCUCACAGAAGCUGAGCAAAGGUACAGUAACAUUGAGCGUGAAGCACUUGGCGUUGUUUGGGGGCACGAACGAUUUCAUUACUUUGUGUAUGGAAAGAAGUGUAUUGUGCACACCGACCACAAGUCCUUGGAAACAAUCUUUAGGAAGAAAUUGAGUAGCUGCCCAUCCAGACUACAACGAUUCGUGUUAAGAGCACUCAAGUAUGACGUGACCGUGACGUAUGUGAAAGGUGAACAAGUACCUAUCGCUGAUGCUCUGUCCAGAGUAUCACCACAAGCUGUACCACUCAAAGGUAAACUUCCACAACUAGAUAUCCACCAGAUUACUAACACCCUUCCAGCUUCUCCUAUAAAACUGCAGCAAAUUCGAAAUGAGACUGCAGACGAUCCAGUUUUGAAUAAACAACGCGAGGUAGUUUACCAAGGAUGGCCAGCCACGAGAGAACAGUGCCCUCAAUUGCUCCACGAUUAUUGGAACUUUAGAGAAGAACUUACAAUUGAGGAUGGCCUCAUCCUAAAGCAAGAGCGCAUGGUUAUGCCGCCAAAUCUUAGAGAAGAAGUCCUUACAAGUCCGAUACAUGAAGGGCAUCUAGGACAAGAGAAAUGUCUGCUCCAAGCAAGAUCUGCGGUGUUUUGGCCUGGAAUUACGAAGGACGUAAUCAAAGUUGUUGAAAGUUGUGAUGCAUGUCAGAAGCAUCAGCGUAAGCAGCAAAAACAGGAUCUACUUCAACCUGAACCACCUUGUUACCCUUGACAGAUACUCAACGCCGAUCUGUUUGAGUAUAAGGGUAAUUCGUAUCUGUUGUUAUCAGAUGAGUAUAGCAAAUUUCCCAUCGUCCGAAAGCUCACCAGCACUACAUCCCAUGCGAUCAUUAAUCACCUCAAGAGCAUCUUCGCAGAAUAUGGCAUUCCAGACAAGCUCGUGACUGACAAUGGUCCGCAAUAUGUAUCCCGCGAAUUUCAACAAUUUGCUGGUGUUUAUGGAUUUGAGCAUACCACAAGUUCACCUAUGUACCCACAAUCCAAUGGUUCCUCAGAACGUAUGGUUCAAACCGUGAAAGGUAUCCUAAAAAAAUGUGAUGAGGAUGGAACCGAUCCUUACUUAGGACUACUUUCCUAUCGUAGUUCGCCAGUCAGUCACCGGUUGAAAUCUCCAUCAGAAUUGCUGAACAGCCGCAAGUUAAGGACAACGUUACCGAUGGCGAAGCGGGCUCGUGUGAAUAAUGACACCAGCAUCACCAAGAAUGAGUUGCACCGGCGACAGGGACAACAAGCAUUAUACUAUAACCGCACAGCUGGACCAAUCCUAAAGCCAUUCAACGAAGGUGAACCCGUUAACAUCUACGACCACCAUAGUAAGACCUGGGAACCCGGAACAAUCAUCAAACUCGCCAAUGAACCUAGAUCUUACAUCGUCAAGAAUAACAGAACAGAAUCCAUCUACCGCCGCACUAGAACGCAGUUAAGACCGAACAGUAUUCAGAAACAACAGGCGAAGCCACAGUCUAUGCAAUUUUUAAGACCAGUCGCACCUUUUCGGCCGAGCUGUAACCGGAAGCAAGAAACCGAACCACCCAUGAUAGAAUCUCGAGAAGAAAGUGCACCACCUGAAGAUCAGUUAUGUAGGUCAGUUGCAGCCAUACUGUGUAACUAG